AUGAUUCCAACGUCACUCGGUAAGAAGCCAUGGGAUGGCUUGCCAAAAGAGAUCCGGCUUCUUAUCUUACAAUGUUUGAUACAAGACGGCUGCACACUGGGUCCCUUGGCCACGGUGUCUCGAGAGUGGCAAAUGGAGAUCGAACGGUAUAACUUCGGUCGACUCAGACUGACUCCGUCACGCCUCGUCAACUUUAGUGCGAUGACUCAAAGAAAUCGGGCUCUCGUCAGAUACAUCUGGUUCUGCUUAGAACUUGAUGAUUACGAUUGUACCACGUGCGCACCUGCCCUUGGAAUGCUCACAGAUGUGGAGUGGGAAGAGGCAUUUGAGAUCAGCGAUACAGAUAAGUGUCCCAUCACCACGGGAUUCCGGAAUCUGUUUUCGAUCCUCAGCACAUGGAACCCUCACGGCGAUUUGAGCCUCGACAUUAGCAUCUACUCGCCUAGCGACUCAGAGCAUUGGUUUAAAUAUCUGACCUUUAUGCCCGAUACCGUCUCGGACACGCCAGGCGAGUAUUACCAAUAUCUUUUCGCAUCUAUCCAAAAUUCCAACAACAGUGUCAAGAGACUCGUGGUCUUCGAGAACUUCAAUCAACAGUACCCUGCUACUAUGCAGCGAUUCCAGGGUGGAGAAGAUCUGAUCGAAUGCGACAGGAUUCGCAACCCUGACCCAGCUGUUAGCCAGAUGGUUGCGCUCGCUAGCCUCAAGCUUGAGCAUCUCGCAGCAUCCUUCAUCGCAGAUGCUAGUCACUUCUUCGAGAUCCGUCCCGCUUGGAAGUGGCCGAACCUAACCUCGCUUGUUCUUACUUCAAGAUUACUUACGCCCGACGAGAAUUCGAAUGAGAUUGGAACUAUGCUUCGGGCAGCGGCGGCAGCGGCUAUGAAGAUGCCCCGAUUGGAAACAAUGGAGAUUUGGAACGGACGAAAGGGGCUAGCAGCGCUCUUUAGAUACCAGGCAUUCUGUAACAUACAGCAAGCUGUAAUUGUUUGGAGAUGUACAUGGAGGUUGGCUAUGGAACCAUCCACAAUCCAGGCUUGGGAAGCUGUGAUGCAUCAAUACGAUGGUUGGAAGCUCGAUUUGGUUCAGGAACGGCUGGAUGAAGCUCCUAUUAAGUCUCACGGUGAUGCACUUCACUAUUUAAGGCUUUUAAGCCAGGCCAUUCGGCCGAUCUCGUUACAGCAGAUCCAAGUAGAACAGAAGGCUCUGGAAGGCGUAGACAUUCCAUAA